AUGACGCACGCCCGGCGCAACUCUCGCCCCGCCCGCUACGGGCCCCGCGCCCGCCACGCCGCGGCGGCCUUUGCCCUGGAUGCUGCCGCGGCCGCCGCGGUGGGGCUAUCCCGGGAGCGGGCCCUGGACUACUACGGGCUGUACGACGACCGCGGGCGCCCCUACGGCUACCCCGCCGUGUGCGAGGAGGACCUGAUGCCUGAGGACGACCAGCGGGCCACGCGCAACCUGUUCAUCGGGAACCUGGACCACAGCGUAUCUGAGGUGGAGUUGCGGCGGGCCUUUGAGAAGUAUGGCAUCAUUGAGGAGGUGGUCAUCAAGAGGCCUGCCCGUGGCCAGGGUGGUGCGUAUGCCUUCCUCAAGUUCCAGAACCUAGACAUGGCCCACAGGGCUAAGGUGGCCAUGUCGGGCCGGGUGAUUGGCCGAAACCCCAUUAAGAUAGGCUACGGCAAGGCCAACCCCACCACUCGCCUCUGGGUGGGCGGCCUGGGACCUAACACCUCACUGGCCGCUCUGGCCCGGGAGUUUGACCGCUUUGGGAGCAUUCGGACCAUUGAUCACGUCAAGGGAGAUAGCUUUGCCUACAUCCAGUACGAGAGCUUGGAUGCAGCUCAGGCCGCCUGUGCAAAAAUGAGGGGCUUUCCCUUGGGUGGUCCAGACCGGAGGCUGCGCGUGGAUUUUGCCAAAGCAGAGGAGACUCGGUAUCCCCAGCAGUACCAGCCCUCACCCCUCCCUGUGCAUUACGAGCUGCUCCCUGACGGGUAUACCCGGCACCGAAACCUGGAUGCAGACCUACGGGUGCGGGAUAGGACCCCCCCACACCUCCUGUACUCAGACCGAGACCGGACCUUUUUGGAAGGGGACUGGACCAGCCCUAGUAAAAGCUCCGACCGCCGAAACAGCCUGGAGGGCUACAGCCGGUCGGUGCGCAGCCGGAGUGGGGAGCGCUGGGGAGAUGGGGACCGGGGCCUGCCCAAGCCCUGGGAGGAGAGGCGGAAGCGGAGGAGCCUUUCCAGUGAGCGCGGGAGGACAACCCACUCCCCUUAUGAGGAACGGAGCAGGACCAAGGGUGGUGGGCAGCAGGUGGACCGGGGCUCUGACCGCACCCCUGAGCGCAGCCGUAAGGAGAACCACUCCAGUGACGGGCCCAAGGAGUCCAGCAGCAACUCCCUCAGCAACAGCAGACAUGGGGCUGAGGAGCGGAGCCACCACCACCACCACGAGGCUCCAGACUCUUCCCACGGGAAGAAGACACGAGAGAGCGAGCGCAAUCAUCGGACCGCUGAGGCUGAGCCCAAGCCUCUGGAAGAGCCAAAACACGAGACCAAAAAGCUCAAGAAUCUUUCCGAGUAUGCCCAGACACUGCAGCUGGGUUGGAAUGGGCUCCUAGUGUUGAAAAACAGCUGCUUCCCGACAUCUAUGCACAUCCUAGAGGGGGACCAGGGGGUUAUCACGGGCCUCCUCAAAGACCACACUUCCGGGAGCAAGCUGACCCAGCUGAAGAUCGCCCAGCGUCUGCGACUGGACCAGCCCAAGCUCGACGAGGUCACGCGGCGGAUCAAGCAGGGGAGCCCCAAUGGCUAUGCGGUGCUCCUAGCCACCCAGGCGACCCCCAGCGGGCCUGGCACUGAGGGGAUGCCCGCGGUGGAGCCAGGCUUACAGAGGCGACUUCUCAGGAACCUGGUCUCCUACUUGAAACAGAAGCAGGCGGCGGGGGUGAUCAGCCUGCCGGUGGGUGGGUCCAAGGGCAGAGACAGCACGGGCAUGCUCUACGCCUUCCCGCCCUGCGACUUUUCACAGCAGUACCUCCAGUCCGCACUGAGGACAUUGGGCAAGCUAGAAGAAGAACACAUGGUGAUCGUUAUAGUGAGAGACACUGCCUAGCCCAAACCUGUUUCCAGCUCCGCGUUUGUGUCACAAAAGCAGUUAUUUUAAGAUCUGACCACCACCCCCUCCCCACAUCCUACCCCCUUGGUUUGAAUUCUCUGCUGGGUUAUUUUGGUUCAUUUAAUGGGGGACCAGAGUCCCGACCCCCCACCAAAACUAAGUUCUUAGAUUUUAGGGUUGUGUUUUGUUUUUGUUUUUUGUCUUUUGUUUUAACAGCAAUGAGAAAAGGGACUCCUGUCACGUUGAUUUCUAGUGUACGAGAUACUGUCUGCUGUGUUCUGUAUUUUUUUAUUUUUUGACUAACUGUAUGGAAAGUCGUCAGUAAAGCCUUUGUCAGAGGAUGGAUUUUUAAUCCUG